AUGGACCCUAGUGGCUACCGAGAGGAGGCACACUUUCCUACAGGGAAACACUGCAUAAACUAUGCUGCAGAGGUUGAGGCUCUCAUUCAUGCUGCCCACAUCUGCUCACAUGUCGUCUUCCUGACAGAUGCUCUCUCUGCCCUCCAGGCUCUUGAAAACAACAAGCCUGACAUACUUUCAGAAGCCCUACAUCCUAUCAGCAGUGUCAACCAAGUCGUGUUACAAUGGAUCCCUGCUCACUGUGGCAUACCAGGAAAUGAAAAUGCAGACAGACGGGCAAAACUGGGUGCAACUAAAGAACAGGCGGAUAACCGGAUGACAUGCGAAGAAAUGAAAUCCCAUAUUAAAUCUCUCUAUAGACCUCCCAAACAAACCAAUGAUUAUUACCUCCUGUCCCGAUAG